GGCCGGGAUAAGUCUUUCUAUAGUUUAUUUGUUUAUUUAUUUAUUACAUACUGUACACUGUACUCCGACAAGCAAGACAGCAAGUGAAGCAAGAUGUAUCUUCUGUUAUAAUUUUGAUAACUGAGAAAUUAAUUCGUAUAAUAAUAAUAGAGAAAAAGGUAUUUAAAAUAAUAGAGAAAAGAUAUUUAACACAUUAAAAGAAUUUAUCACAGAACUUCAUUAUAUGUAAGCUGUCUUAAGAAGAAGAGAAGAAAAAUGAAUAUUGAAUACAAAUUCGAGAAAGAAAUCGACUGCAAGCAAGGGGCCGUCAGAUCUGUACGAUUCAGUGUGGACGGUUCGUAUUGCGUAACGUGCGGGUCAGAUAGGAAGCUAAAAUUAUGGAAUCCGUACAAGUCUGUUACGUUAAAGACAUACGGCGGACACGGUGACGAGGUUAUGGAUGCCUCCGCGUCCUGCGACAGCAGCCAGAUAGUAUCUUGCGGAUUAGACAAAUCUGUAAUCGUCUGGGACGUGGCAACAGGCACGCCUGUGCGUCGUUUCCGAGGACACGCAGGACCCGUCACGACAGUCAGAUUUAACGAAGAAUCGUCAAUGAUUGUUUCUGGAUCGCGUGACAACAGUGUCAUGUGUUGGGACGGACGUUCCAAGGCGCAAGAAGCGGUACAAUCUUUGAACGACGCCAAGGAUUCCAUUUCGAGCGUGAGGGUUUCGGACCACGAGAUCUUGUCCGGUUCUUUCGACGGCAAAGCACGCACGUAUGAUAUACGAGUAGGUGAACUUUGCGAAGAUUAUAUGGGAGAUGCGAUCACAUGCGCCAGUUUCACCAGAGACGGACAGUGUCUGGUCGUCAGUUGCGCGGACGACGUGAUCAGAUUGAUCGACAAGGACUCGGGAGAGCUACUCGGCGAGUUCGCCGGACACACUGGGAAGGAUCUGUGCCUGGAAUCGAUCGUGGACUGUCAAGACACGAGAAUUCUUUCCGGCUCGGCCGACGGAAACUUGUGGAUUUGGGAUCUAGUGUCUCAGAAAGUGGUCGCGAAGCUCUCGGGUUCUAAGCCAACCAAGCACCCUACUGUAUCUAUAAGCGUUCAUCCGCAGAAGAACUGCUUUUUGGCGUCUAACGGAUCUAAUGUAUUGAUGUGGAGCACGCAGACUCACACAGAUAACGAGUAAUAGCGAAGUUUGUUCCAUUAUUACCCCUUUGUGUACAGAGUAAGUCCGAAGUCUGUGAUUUCCAAAUAAUUUUAGUUCCAACAAUUUCUACAAGAUUUUUUACAAACUAAAUAUUUAUUAUAUGGUAUAUUAAUGUAUAUAUUAAUAAUAAUAAUAAUAUAGCUAUUUUUUAAAGUC